UCCUAGUGACCGAGAAAAAAAAACACGGCGAGCGGCUGGAGCGACGGUGGGUGGAGUACAGGAAGCUGCUGCUGUCCUCGGCUAUCUGAUCAUGGCCCAAAUCUGAUUCUCUCACAAACGCCACAAAUCGAGCAGCCGAGAUUGCGGACGUUUGUGAUUUUAUAGCACUGCUUUUCUUUCUCGACUGAUUUUUGGGAGGAUUUCAUCGAGGCGCUUCAAGAUGUCUCGGGGAGUGAUCCAGCCCAGCCAGCAGAAGCUGGCCGAAAAGCUCACCAUCCUCAACGACAGGGGCAUCGGGAUGCUGACCCGUGUUUACAACAUCAAAAAGCAAGGACAAGUUUGGAAGGCAUGUGGAGACCCCAAGGCCAAGCCCUCCUACCUGGUGGACAAGAAUCUGGAGUCUGCCGUGAAGUUUAUCGUGCGGAAGUUCCCUGCUGUGGAGACGCGGAACAACAAUCAACAGCUCGCUCAGUUGCAAAAGGAGAAGUCGGAGAUACUGAAGAAUUUGGCUCUGUACUACUUUACCUUUGUAGAUGUCAUGGAAUUUAAGGACCACGUGUGUGAGCUGCUUAACACUAUUGAUGCGUGCCAAGUAUUCUUUGACAUUACGGUGAACUUUGAUUUGACCAAGAACUACCUAGACUUGGUGGUGACUUACACAACACUCAUGAUCAUACUGUCACGUAUUGAGGAGAGGAAAGCCAUCAUUGGAUUGUACAACUACGCUCACGAGAUGACGCAUGGAGCCAGCGACCGUGAGUACCCCAGGCUGGGCCAGAUGAUUGUGGAUUAUGAGAACCCUCUAAAGAAGUUGAUGGAGGAGUUUGUCCCACAUGGCAAGUCUCUGUCCGACGCCCUGAUCAGCCUCCAGAUGGUGUAUCCCAGAAGGAAUCUGUCGGCCGACCAGUGGAGAAACGCCCAGCUGCUCUCGCUCAUCUCUGCUCCCUCCACCAUGCUCAACCCUGCACAGUCAGACACUAUGCCCUGUGAAUAUUUGUCCCUGGACGCAAUGGAAAAAUGGAUCGUUUUCGGAUUCAUCCUGUGUCACGCGGUGCUAAACAGCGACGCAGCAGCGUUGUCGUUGUGGAAGCUGGCACUGCAGAGCUCCACCUGCCUCUGUCUCUUCAGGGAUGAAGUCUUCCACAUCCACAAGGCCGCAGAGGAUCUUUUUGUCAACAUCCGAGGGUACAACAAGCGCAUCAAUGACAUCAGAGAAUGCAAGGAACAGGCCCUGUCUCACGCAGGCUCCAUGCACCGUGAGCGACGCAAGUUCCUCAGGUCCGCCCUCAAAGAGCUAGCUACCGUUUUGGCGGACCAGCCUGGAUUGCUGGGUCCAAAGGCGUUAUUUGUGUUCAUGGCAUUAUCGUUUGCCCGAGACGAGAUCAUCUGGUUGCUUCGACACGCCGACAACAUACAGAAGAAAAGCACAGACGACUUCAUCGACAAACAUAUUGCAGAGCUGAUCUUCUACAUGGAGGAGCUGCGAGCCCACGUGAGGAAGUACGGUCCAGUCAUGCAGCGAUACUAUGUGCAGUACCUGUCUGGCUUUGAUGCCGUUGUACUCAACGAGCUAGUGCAGAACCUGUCUGUGUGUCCAGAGGAUGAGUCCAUUAUCAUGUCUUCAUUUGUCAACACUAUGACCUCGCUCAGCGUCAAACAAGUUGAGGAUGGCGAAGUGUUCGACUUCAGAGGCAUGAGACUUGAUUGGUUCAGACUGCAGGCCUACACCAGCGUUUCCAAAGCCAGUUUAGGUAUCGCCGACCACAAGGAGCUGGGCAAAAUGAUGAACACCAUCAUCUUCCACACCAAGAUGGUGGACUCGCUAGUGGAGAUGCUGGUGGAGACCUCAGACCUUUCCAUAUUCUGUUUCUACAGUCGUGCGUUUGAGAAGAUGUUCCAACAGUGCUUGGAGCUUCCCUCGCAGAGCCGCCACUCCAUCUGCUUCCCUUUGCUUUGCACACACUUCAUGUCCUGCACACAUGAGCUCUGUCCUGAGGAGCGUCACCACAUAGGGGACCGCAGCUUGUCAUUGUGUAACAUGUUUCUCGAUGAGAUGGCCAAACAAGCCCGGAACCUCAUCACUGACAUCUGCACUGAGCAAUGUACACUCAGUGACCAGCUGCUUCCUAAACACUGCGCCAAGACCAUCAGCCAAGCCGUCAACAAGAAGAGCAAGAAGGCCACAGGAAAAAAGGGCGAGCCAGAGAGAGAGAAACCGGGAGUGGAGAGCAUGAGGAAGAACAGACUACUGGUCACCAAUCUGGACAAACUGCACACGGCGCUUUCAGAACUCUGCUUCUCCAUCAACUACGUUCCCAAUUUAGCGGUGUGGGAGCACACGUUCACGCCGAGAGAGUACCUCACUUCGCACCUGGAGAUCAGGUUUACCAAGUCCAUUGUGGGCAUGACCAUGUACAACCAAGCUACUCAGGAGAUCGCCAAACCCAGCGAGCUGCUGACCAGCGUGCGAGCCUACAUGACAGUGCUGCAGUCCAUCGAGAACUACGUCACCAUUGACAUCACACGGGUCUUCAACAACGUCCUACUGCAGCAGACGCAGCACCUGGACAGCCACGGCGAGCCCACCAUCACCAGCCUCUACACCAACUGGUACCUGGAGACGUUGCUCCGGCAGGUCAGUAACGGACACAUCGCUUACUUUCCCGCCAUGAAGGCCUUCGUCAACCUGCCCACGGAGAACGAGCUGACCUUCAAUGCGGAGGAAUACUCCGAUAUCUCUGAAAUGCGUUCGCUGUCUGAGCUGCUGGGGCCUUAUGGCAUGAAAUUCCUUAGCGAAAGCCUCAUGUGGCACAUCUCCUCGCAGGUGGCCGAGCUCAAGAAAUUAGUGGUGGAGAACAUGGAAGUGCUGACUCAGAUGAGAACCAGCUUUGACAAACCCGACCACAUGGCGGCGUUGUUCAAGAAACUCACUUCUGUGGACAGCGUCCUCAAGAGGAUGACCAUCAUCGGAGUCAUCCUCUCAUUCCGCUCGCUGGCUCAGGAAGCACUGAGAGACGUGUUAUCGUGCCACAUUCCCUUCCUGGUCAGUUCUGUGGAGGAUUUCAAGGACCACAUUCCAAGAGAGACAGACAUGAAGGUGGCCAUGAACGUCUAUGAACUGUCCUCCGCUGCCGGUUUGCCUUGCGAGAUCGACCCGGCCCUGGUGGUAGCGCUGUCGUCGCAAAAGAGCGAGAACAUCAGUCCAGAGGAGGAGUACAAGAUUGCAUGCCUGCUGAUGGUGUUUGUGGCCGUUUCCUUGCCAACGCUGGCCAGCAACGUGAUGUCACAGUACAGCCCCGCCAUUGAGGGUCAUUGUAAUAACAUCCAUUGCCUGGCCAAAGCCAUCAACCAGAUCGCCGCCGCGCUCUUCACCAUCCACAAAGGAAGCAUCGAGGACCGCCUCAAAGAGUUCCUGGCUCUGGCCUCAUCGAGCCUCUUGAAGAUUGGCCAGGAGACUGACAAGAUGACCACGCGUAACAGAGAGUCUGUUUACCUGCUGCUCGACAUGAUUGUGCAGGAGUCCCCCUUCCUCACAAUGGACUUGCUGGAAUCCUGCUUCCCAUACGUGCUCCUGCGUAAUGCCUACCACGCCGUCUACAAGCAGAGCAUCAGCGCCAACGCGUAAACGCGCACACUCCUGCCGUAUGCUUCGUUUGUCGAUGCACAGCUGAUUAUUAAGUAUGUUCCCCCGCCUAUCCACCAUUCACUAUCGGUGAUAUUGUUUUAGGAUCCAAUUGACUGAAAAUUUGCGCUUUUGCGUAUUUUGUGGAACACCCAAAACAUGCAACAACUUUGUGCCAAAGCCCUGUUGAAUAAAGUAGUAAAAGUAGUGCUUUGGCGCUUCUUGUGACAACUUGAAAGUGAAGUGAGGGGCUUCUGUUGGACUGCUACCAUCUUGUUAGCUGCUACUUACAUUUUUUUGCGGUGGCUCCAAUUUCUUGUAAUUGACUCUUUAUGCCACAUGGUGGUGCUAAAUGACUACUUUUACCUCAGGCAAGAGUGAUGCCUGUUUAACCCUUUCGUGGACCGUGGUCAAAAGUCGGCACUUACCUUUAACCCUUCCUAGAACAAGUGAUUAUUUUUGGUCAUUUAAAAUGCAUAUAUAAACAUUUUUUAUUAUUAUUAAUCACUGUAGUUAUUUAUAUAUUUUUCCAUAAUUAUAAAUUCAUAAAUAAUAACACAAUAUUAGUAAUAAACACAAAAUUAAUUAAAAAGAAAAACAAACACACACUGGCUAUGGCCCCAAGUAACACUAAAGUUGAUUGGCUGUUAGUGCUCAUGUUUUAGUGCCAUUGACUGCUCUAGACUUCCAAUCCAUUUUUACUGGGAGUUCGUUCGCCCACCCUACUCAAAAUGGAUUGGAAGUCUAGCACCAUCAAUGCCAGCCAACGAUUUAAAUGAGUGCCCUGUAAGGGAUAGAUUUUUAAAAAUAAAAAUUCAUAAUUCGUGCAUGAAAGGGUUACUCAAAAAAGCCUAAGAAUUGCCAAUCGAGUGCACUGCUUUUGCCCUAGAAGAGAGCCUCAAGUCACUUCAACAUAGCUCCUUGUCAACAAGAUGGAUCCAAGGCACUACUUUUGACUGAAUGAAGCUCCUCAACUGACUUCGAUGUAGUUCCUUGGCAACCAAGGUGGCAGCAAAGCACUACGUUUCUUUCAUUAAAGCGCCUCAACUUAUCUUGAUGGUUUCAGGAAGAACAACAAAGUAAAUUGGUUUCCAAAAAAACAUUAUGUGAAUAGGCGGGGUCUCUGUAUACUCGAUGAACAAUUACCAAGUAACAAAAAAAACCUGUAAAGAUGUUUAAACAAAAACAAUAAGAUGGCUGACAAACCUGUGACGCACACUCACGAGCUGGAAGAAAUUGGGGAACAGCUACAUUUUUGUGUUUUUAUUCCUUUUUUUUUUUUUUUUUUUUUUUUUUUUUUUUAAUGUUAUGCUGUCACUGGGGAGACCAAAACCGCAGCGACACAAAACAAACCUGAGCGUUUGUUUAUAUGAGGACAAAAAAAUUAUAAAUAAAUAGUAUAUAUAAAUCUACAGUAUAUAUAUUGAGUUGACACUAAACUAUUUGACGGCGUGUUUGUGCUGGUGAUGGAUUUGGAUGAUUUUCUUGACGUUUGUUUUUUCUUUCAUUUUGCUCAAAGAGGGCGGCUGACGUCCGCUUACAGUUUGUGUACAUUUUCCAUUAACGCCGCCUUGUGACAUUUCAUAACAAAAACUCACGCAUUCACUUGUAACAUGGUGAUUUUGUUCUUUUUUUCUAGCUCGUGGUUACAAAUUCUUGUGGGUUAUGGAAAAAAAAAAAAAGUUUUUGAUGUGAACUCAACUGGUCUGUUUUUACGUUUUCUUACUUUUACAAUUUUCCGAACGUGUUAACACUACAUGAUGUUUGUGUGAGAGAGGAAAGGGUGGGUUUGGGGGUCAUGCAUUCUGUAACAUAGUGGAGUAAAAAAAGAAAAAGACCAAGAAGCCCUCAGCUGCUCUCAAUCACGGUUAAUAAAGUACAAGUGAACAUUUCUUCAUUUGUCUGCAUGGA